AUGUCUAAACGUAAAUGGACUCAUAAAGACUCGAUAGUAUGGAGCGAUGAAGAUUCAACAAUGGUGUCAUGGAUGAGAUUGCUUCAAUUGGGAGAAGACAAGUGCGCUAAAAUAGCGCAUAUCAAAAAGGAGAAGCUUAAAGAGCCAAGGAUGCUGUUUUUCAUCCAACAGAAACUCCUAUUCAAGAAGUUGAGUGUCGAAUUUGCGAAAGAAGAAACUGAAGCGAAGAAGGCACGACAUGGAGUUGCUGAGAAGUGA